AUGGGCAAGCUUUCCUGGGUUUCUGCCAUCUUGGCUCUCACCUCGUCUGCUGUUCUCGCAGCACCUACUCCAGCUGAGGCAGUCGUUGCCGGUGGUGUAUGGGAAGGAGACGGGAAUGUUACCACCACCUACCGCUCCAAGGAAGAAGCUCAAGCAUUAGCUCGAAUGGUCAAGCGUGAUGCACAUGCCGCACCUGUGGCACAGGUCGAGUCCCGUCAGGACUGGUUUGGCCAAUAUUGGCAGGACUUCAACUUCCAAGGGCCCAGCUUGGGCAUCCGGCCCCCAAUUGAUAACCAGGGCCACUUUAUUGGCACUGAUUGGAACGAUAGGAUCUCCAGUAUCUGGAACUAUUCCCCUGACAAGAAAUGCGUCUACUGGACUGAAUGGGACGGAUAUUGUUACGGCAGUGGGCUGAUCCUGGCAGGAAGAGUGUCCUACUCUGUGUUGGGGUCUGAUUUCAACGACAAGAUCAGCUGCUUGGAAUGUUCCUGGAACUAG